AUCUUUUAGCUAUAGACUAUAGUUAAAGUUAGUGAUGAUAAAUAGUUACAGUGUACCACAGAAAGAACUACGUCUAUCUUCUGAAAUAUAUACUUGCGUGUUUACAUUAUUUUGUACAGUUUAUAAAUUAACCAUAAAUAUUUUAUUAAUAUAUUAUUUUGUGUUGUUAGAAAUUUGUGCAGUUUAAAUGUGCAUCAUAUUAAUAUUAUAAUAUUAGAUACGUUAUUCGAAAGGUGCUUAAUCAAUAUUUUUACAAUAUCAGUCGUACAAAUAAAUACUACUUUGACAACAGUGUAACAAAAGCAUUCAUGAUGUGGGCGUUGAAUGAUGUGAACAUCGCAAAUACGUACGAAUCGAAUGAAUUUUGUAUGCCAGAUGAUUUUACCCUAUCGUCACAGUGGGACUACGACGGCAGCUACUCGACCAACUACAGCGAAAAUGAAAUAGAUCUCGCCACCGUUUUGAUGAACCUGAAGGAAGACCCCUCGCCGGACGGAAGUUGCAACGACCACCACGAACCGUCAUACUAUGAUCCGACGGCGACGGGCGGCUAUCCGCAGCAUCAUCACCAGCUUCUGCAAUGGCAAUGCCCGUCCGACGAACAGCCGCAGCACGUGUUCGUGUACGACUCGCUUGACUGCAGCGAUCAAGCCCGCCCGACCCACGAGGACUGUUUACUGCCCACCAUAUUAAACGCAGACGUGGAAUUUUUCAAAACGAGCAACGCGUCGAUGGAGAAAAAGCGGGCAGGCCGGCCGCGCGGCACGAAAGCGAAACGGUCGAAAGCCGAGCCCAAACUUAGCCGGAUAUGGGAGUUCAUCAGAGACCUGCUGUUGAACUCGCAAUACUGUCCGACGUACAUAUGCUGGGAGAACUACGAGGAGGGUCGGUUCAGGUUCGUGCAGAGCGACAAGGUGGCGAAGCUGUGGGGCAAGUUCAAGCGCAACGAGAGGAUGAACUACGAGAAGUUCAGCAGGGCCAUGCGGUACUACUACAAGACCGGCGUCCUGCUGCCGGUGCAGGGCAAACGCCUCGUUUACAAGUUCGGGCCAAAGGCCACGGGGUGGCACACGGACAAUCCUAAUUUCAAAAAGUAUACGUCAUUUUAGACGGCGCCGAACCGGUCAACCGUACACGUUCAUACCUCUCGCUAUGUCAUUAUAAAUAUAAUAUUACAUCGCAUACGUACACACCCAUGUUAUAUUAUUGUGUAAUUGUAUAUAAUAUACGACGUCGGACGUUUGUGUGUUAUUAGUAUAGUGGCUAUACGGUACACUGCAAUUUCUACGUUACCUACGUGCGACGUAAGUGCCUACCGUGUAGGUCGAUGAACAUCAUAUUUCGCGCAAAAACUUGCUGAUUGUCACGGAAAACACAAAAUACCUAUAUAUAUAAAAAAAAAAAAACAUUUAAGUGAGUAUGACUGUUUUGUGCGACGAAAUUGUAGUAAUUUAUUUACUUAAAUGGUAUUAUAUGAUCUAUUGAUUUUUUUUUUUUAAAUUGUUUGUACCAUACUAUACCAAGUUAUUGUUUUAAUAUUAUAUUAUAUUAUAUUAUAUUUGUCCUAUAAUCUACACAUAAUUAUACUCUACUUAAGAAUAAUACGUUUUUACAACGUUUAAUUUAAAUAAUUUUAAGAAUAUCAGUGAUUUUGUCUUAAUUAUUUGUGGUUGUAACUUUAAUGAUGUAAAAAUAAACAAAGGCUGACACAAUUUAAAUUAUAACAAA